GCCCCAGCCCCAGCCCCAGGGCAGAAAGAAAGUGCAGCUUGAGCCGGAAAGCUUAGCUAGUUGGGGUCUGGGGCCCUGGGAGGGCGGGAUCCGGCGUCGAGGCUGGAUCGGCCGCGCAGCCAUGCGGGGCCGGGAGCCCCCAGGACGCUUCACUGUACCGGCGGAGGCGGAGGACUCGGUGCUGGAGCUUCGGCCCCAUGUGGAGCGCAUCUUUAGGGUGCAACUCAGUGUCCUCGGGGAGCCGGAACCUGGGGCCCCCAGCAUUUGGUUGCAGCUGGAGGGCCCUCAGGAGAACGUGGGUAGAGCCAAGGAAUAUGUGAAAGGCCUAUGCAGUCCAGAGCUAUGGGAGGAAGUCAACUAUCCACCAGCCCUCCAUUGUGUCUUCCUUGGAGCCUGCAGCCUCUUCCUGGAUUGUCUCUGCUGGGGUACCUCAGCCCACAUGGUGCCCCAAGCCCCAGGCUCCCUGUUACUGGGGGGCCUGGCUGAAGCCUUCUUCAUGGCCCAGAAUCGGGUAGAGGGGCUGACAAAGAGGCUGGGGUGGGACCCCCUGCCACCUCCAAAGUCCCUGAGGGUCCCAGAGGCUGAAGUGAACAAGGCUUUCCGGGCCCUGCUGGUAGGCCGGGAGGAUGAGCACUGCGGGGCCCUGCUUCGCCUGCCUCUGGCUGUCCAGGAGGAACUCUUGAGGCUGGUGCAGGAAGCUGUAAAAGAUGGGGGAGAUGCAGAAUGGAUGGGCCUUCGUACCCCUCCCCUGGAUGGCUCUUCCAGGCCUCGGCCUGGGAGGAUAUCAGCCAAGCCCCUUUUGGAGCUCAGGGCACUCCAACAGGGCCAGUUCUGUGGGUCACGUGGAGAACCUGGAACGGUCAGCCAGACAGAAGACAGACAGGGUCACGUAAUCAGAGAGGGCAUGACAGUUCUAGAACUAGGAGGGCGCAACAGGGGCAAACGGGUCUAUAGGGAGAUCCCUAAUCUGAUUCCUAACUGCAGGGGGAAUAAACGGCCAGUCAAUUCUCCUUCCUUCAGGGAAGAGAUGCUAGGUUUGAUAAGGCAGGUCUUGGGGGAUGGGUUGAGCCCACUUACCCUCACUGGGCCUCCUACUGGGACUAGUGCUUCGAAGGCUCAAGGUUCCCACAAACCUUCCUCAGAGCCCCGUAUUCGCUGGGGGGACAGUUCCUCCAAGAGGAAGGAAGACCCUCAUGGAAGGAGCUCAGAGGAAGGGUCAGAGCAGUCCAGGGUGGGUUUGUCUUCUGAGAAUUAUACAAAACUGCGCUCUUCCCAGAUCAGGGAGGUAGGGGUAGCACAGAAGCAGUUCCAUAAUCUUGAGACAAAGGCUGCCUUUAAGUCCCAGGCCACAAUUCCAUUUGCUUCCUGGAAGACAGUGAGCUUCCCUGGAACCUGGGGACAAGGUAGUCCCUGCAGACCUUUGUGGCUAGGCCCUCAGCAUUGUGCUGUGGGGCAUUCAACCUUCUGGAGGGUACAGGAUGGACAUUCAUCCUCCUUGCCCUGGGGCCUAGACUGGGGGCGCAGCCUUCCCCACAGUCAACCUAGGCAGGCAACUCCCCUCAAAUUCAAGGUGCAAGCACAGAGUCCUAUCCCAGUGAGACUAGAGUGGAAAAAUAGACCUCUCCUCAGGGACCCCAUCCUGGUGUCACCAUCCUGUAACCCAGGGUGGUGGCAGGUGCUAAAAACGGUCCCCCAGAUGUGCCAGAGACCUGUGACCCUGAUACCUGGGGGCUAUGAUGUCUGCUCAGGGAGCCUGCAGAGAGGAACUCUCGUUGGUGAUUGGGAACCAGGCCUGCUUCCCACUGGGAUUCAUGAACCAAGGCUAGUCACGACCUUUGGGGAGCAAGGACCAGUACAAGAGCUGGUGAGCCCUUUCCCAGAGAUGUCCCUUGCCAGGGCAGAGAUCCUAACAGAUAUCAUUCGAGAUGUGUCUUGUGGUCAGCCCUUUGGCCCUGUCCCUGUCUCGCUGCUGAAGUACUUUGGGGAACCCGAAAGGCAGAGACAGGCAAACUGCCAACCAAUACACUGCUUUGCCAGUGCCCCAGUUUUCAGGGAGAAGCGGAAGAAGAGCAAAUGCCCCAAGAUUGUGAGCAGUGACCAACAUGUGCCAUUCGUCCAUCCACAAGUGAACAACUUGGUGACCAGCUUCCAGCGUUUUCACGAGGCUCUGAGUGUGCCUUUCACCUUGAGCCUUGAAAACAUCCCUGGGAAGCCAGGGCUUCGUCAUAUCAUCAUUGAUGGCAGCAACGUGGCGAUGGUCCACGGUCUCCAGCACUUCUUCUCUUGUCGGGGUAUUGCUCUGGCUGUACAAUACUUCUGGGACAGAGGACAUCGAGAGAUCACCGUUUUUGUACCCAAUUGGAGGCUGAGGAAGAACAGUAGGGUGAGAGAGGGUCACUACUUGACGAAGCUGCAUUCUCUCAGCCUGCUCUCCAUCACCCCUUCCCGAUUCGUGGAUGGCAAGAGAGUCACCUCCUAUGAUGACAGGUUUAUGGUGAAGCUAUCAGAGGAGACAGAUGGGGUCAUUGUCACCAAUGAUCAGUUCCGGGAUUUAGUGGACGAAUCAAAGAAGUGGAUAGGAAUCAUUAGAGAACGUCUGCUGCCUUUCACUUUUGUGGGGAAUAUCUUCAUGGUUCCGGAUGACCCACUAGGCCGGGAUGGCCCCACCCUGGACACAUUCCUGAGGAGAACAGAUGGGUUGGAGUUGGCUGUUAGCAAUUUCCUGAAGGUCUGGGAGACAAAGCCUCCUUCUAAAGCUUCCUUUCUCCCCAUAAAGGCCAAGGGACUUCAGGGUAAGAAACAUUUAAAGAGGGGCUGCUCCGGACCCCAGCAAAAGGGGAAGGUGAAGAAGCUGACGGAGGGUGUAGAGAAACUGAUGGUCAAAGAAGAAGACGCUCUGGACGCUUGCCUGUCCACGGUUUUCCAAGAGGAGUGCCCCUUCCUUUCAGAUGAUAUCCUCCGGUAUUUUAGCCUCCAGGACAACACCUCUGAGACCUCCCUCUCCCCCUGGAGAGGCUCCUCUCAACUUGAUGUCCCUUGGGGCGGGGCAGGGCAGCCCACAUGCCAGAGGGUCCUGGACCACUUGGCCCAGCUGUCGGUGCCAACCAGCUUCUCUGCUCUCUCCUUCUUCGUGGGGUUCAUGGGAUGCCACAAAGAUGUGAUCCCCCGCUACUCCUCGCUUGUUGCCCCGCUCCAUGGCCUCCUCAAGAAGAAGACGCAGUGGCAGUGGACCCCUGAGCACUCCCAGGCGUUCCUAGCCCUGAAGCAGGCUCUGGUGUCAGCCCUCUCCCUGGUGCCCCCUGAUCCCCAGCUACCCUACCGCCUGGAGGUGGCAGUGAGUGAGAGGACCUUGGCUGCAGUACUGACGCAGGAGCGGGCUGGCCUGCGGCGCCCCAUUGCUUACACCUCCAAAGCCUUGCUCCCCCAGGAGGGCAAGGCCACCCUGAGCAGAGGGGGUGGCCUCUGUGCCCUGGCCUGGGCUGUGAGGCGAUUUGCCCCCUCUCUCGGAUCUGUCCCUGUUGUUCUGGAAGCCUCCUAUACCUCCGGGGACUCCGCAGGCCCUGAGCAGAGGGAGAGUCUGGACACUUCUGACACAUGGCUGGCCCGGUGGUCCCUCCUGGUGCAGGAUAAAGACCGGAGGACCUUGGGCACAUCCUUCCUCCCCGGGCCUCUGGGGGACAGUGGGCUCCCUAUGCCUACUCCUGAUUCGUUGCCUCAGUUUUUCCAGAUAUUGCCACCCUUUUCUGACUUAUCCUCCUUUGUAUGCAUUUAUACCUCGGGGUAUUGUUUUUAUCAGGACACCGAGUGGUGUGCGGGCUUUGGGUUGUACGUCCUGUCUCCUGACAGUCCCCCCCUGUCCCUCUCUUUCUCUUGUUCCCCUCAUACACCAACCUAUGCCCACCUGGCUGCUGUGGCUUGUGGCCUCGAGCGCUUUGUUCAUUCCUGCAUCCCUCUGGUCUUUCUCGUUAAUUGUAGCUGGCUGUUCAACAUCCUCAUCGAUCUCCUUCCUCUCUGGCACUCCCGUGGGUUUUUGUCUUCCGAUGGGGCCCCACUGCCUCACCCAGCCCUGCUCUCCUAUAUCACUUCCUUGGCCUCCAGCCUCCCCACCUUGCCCUUCCUCUUCAAAGCCUCCUACAAGGGGGCCCUGUUCAGCGUGACGGUGGAGGCUCUGGCCAAACAGGGUGCCCAAGGAUCGGGGCCCCUGUGGAAGUUGCCAAGGCAUAUCAUGCCUUCUGUGGGAGUGGCAGCCAGUCCCUUGGGCGGGGGGCCGAAUCUACAGGCGCUGCAGGAGAACGAUGCCAUUUUGUUAGAAGCCAUUUGUCAGCUGCAGGCUGGAUGCAGACUUCCCGGACAUUCACCCCUCAAGCCUUUUGAACCUGGAAUCAGUUUUGUUAAGGAGUGCAACCUGCUCAUGUAUGGAGAGAUGAAGAGGCCCAAGGUCUGGGUUGUCCCGGAGCAAAUCCGGAAGGAUCUGAUUUAUUCUGUGCAUGAUGUCCCUCCUGGCCCCCACGCUGACCCAGAGGAGACCCUCAGGAGGGUGAGGAUGUUAGGCUGGUGGCCCAAGAUGUAUGGGCAAGUGAGGGCCUAUUGCAAGUGCUGUUUGUUCUGUACCUCGAUCAACAACCUGAGCAAGGAGUCCAAAUGCAUGCGGACCCAGUGGCCCUCAACACCGGCAGUGCCGUGGUCUAAUCUUCAGAUUGAUGUGAUCGGGCCUGUGCCUGCCAGUGAGGAAGGCCACAGGCACGUGCUGAUUGUGGCCGACUCCUGCUCCUCCUGGACAGAAGCUUUCCCCCUGAAGUCCUUCACGCAGAUGGCAGUGGCCCAGGUGCUGCUCCAGCAGGUGUUUUCCCGGUGGGGCUUGCCAUCGAGGCUGGAAGCGGCCCAGGGGGCUCAGUUUGCAAGACACGUCCUGAUGAGCUGUGGCUUGGUGCUGGGAGCCAAGCUGGGCAGCAUCUCUGGGGAUAUCCAGCCCGCCGAACUAAGGGAUGGGAACUCAAACCAGGCCUUUAAGAAUUUGUUGAAGGAGUUUAUCAUCCUUCAUGGGAAGAACUGGGCCAGUUGCCUGCCCCUUCUGCAUAUGGCCUUUAGAGCCUUGGAGUCUGGACCUACCCCUUUUGCAGUUGUGACAGGGAGUGAGAUGAGACUGGCUGAAUCUUUGUGGUGGGAGCUCAGCGGGGCCCAUGUAGAAGGGCUGAAGAUGGAUGUGUUCUUACAGCAGUUGAAAAAUAACAUCAUAGAAAGUCAACUGCAGGCAGCUGUGGCUUCUGGGGACCAGUCUGCCAUGGCCCAGAGUAGCUACUUGCAGCAGGAAGUCCAGGGAAAGGAGUGGAACGUGGGAGACCAAGUUCUGCUUUUGAACUUCCCCAAACCUGGCACGGCUCGGUGGGUCGGACCCUACUAUAUUGUAGACAGGCUGAGUCUGUCUCUGUAUAGGGUCUGGGGUUACCCAACUCCAGGGAAGCUGGGAGUCACAUACCCCACUAAUUUGAUGAGGUCGUAUCCCCAGGGUGGUGCCCCCUUACCCUCAGUGAUAUUAGAACAAUUGGAGUAAGCCACUGCCUCCCCCUUUGGAAUCAGGGAGGGAUGACUUCUCUCUCCCCCUAUUCCUCAUUAUUCAUACACAGCUUCUCCUGAGCUUUUGCUAAAGAACCAAUUUAAGAGUAUUUUAAAGAAAUUUUCUCCCUUGGUUCCCCUGGCAACUUUGCCUGCGGUAGUGUAUGCAAUGUUUGUUACUGGGUUUGGCUCAGCCAACCUUUUCCUUCCUUUCAGAACCAUUCCCGAAUCUCAUCCAUGACAGGCUCACCUGUCCCCAGGAUCUCUGAGUAGGAGCCUGACCAAACCAGCCCCUCUCCUGGGGAGAGAAGUCCCUGCAGGGGUUUCUUACUUCAGCUAUUUCAGUGGGGGAAUCUUCUGAUGCUGAUUUUUGCCAGGAUGUCUCAGAACCGAGUGGGCUGAAUGAGAACAGUGACCAUGGAUGGGGUGCAAGCUUUUUUUUUUUUUUGGUCAGACUGCAUGUUUACUUAACUUAAGCCAUACUUAGACCCAAUCAGUGAUCCUGUCAAGACUGUCCCCAGUCCCAUUCAGAAUAUUCAUGUUGAAGUCUUUGAUGGUGCUAGAUCCAAAGGGAUCCUACUUAAAAAUCUUUGGAGCUGGAGCUGGAUUCUCAUCUAGUUACAAGUGGCUUUGGGUCAGAAUAUACCAAAAAAAAAGUAGUAUUCUGACUUCUCAAAGCUCAUUAAUGGAAAUCUCUGGUCCAAGAGGCCUGAGUGUGGAAGAAUAGCUAAGAGUUCUGAGAAGGAACUCUUUCCUACUCAUUUUGCUACAAAUCCCUUAGUCUCAUUCUGGGAGAGUUUCUGCACUAAGGAAAUGUUAUUGAUAAGUAUGGGGUCACUAAGCCAGGAAAGCUUGCCUUGACUUAUCCAAGAAGUUCAAUACUUUGUCUAAGAGUUAGUAAAGUUGAGUCCUCUGUUGCUAUGGCAAUAAGAACACUAGAACUCUGCGUCUUCCCUUGCACCUGACCCUCCUCCUAGUCUCAAAGACACUCAGUGUUUGUGAAAUAGCUUUGCAUUGUACUGCGUGAAUGGGACUUUUUGCUUGUGUCUUCUAUA